UGUAAUACAAAUAGCAAUAUUUUGCAUUUACAACAGUAAAUAAAAAUUAGUAAAAUGAGCACUGCAGCAAAAGGAAGGUUUCCUGGAUGUCCCAGGCGUAAGAUUGAAAAACGAAGAAUAAUCAAUUUGAAUCAUAGACAUCAAAGUAUCAGAUGGGAGAAUCAUCUCAGCAUUGCAGAACAAAUAAAGAAAAAUCUUCGGCGAUUUUAUGAGAUGUUUGGAAAUUCUGAUGAGGAUGAGGACUUUCAUGGAUUCAGUUCAGAGGAAUGUGGAUUGAGAGCCUACAAGAGAAUAAAUGGCAGUGGGCGUGGAGGUGCACAAAUCCCUGAUAUCUUAGGUUCUCCUAUCGAUCUAACAAAAAAGAAAGUAACAACCAGAUUGGCUCAUGCUAGAAAUAGUUUGGAUUCUCUGCCAUCUUCCGAACGCACAAGAAGAAGAAAGCGUACAAUCAUUCGACGAAGAUAUUCAAAAUCAGAGGUUCCAAUCAUUGAAGGAAAUGACGUUCCCAGUGAACCACUUGUCAGAGUAACAUCAUCUGAAUCUGAAUACACACUCUCUUCUGAUCAAGGAUUCACAAAAUACAAGAAUUCAAAUCUCGACUUUCAUUGUUUAAGUGAAAGUGUUGGAUUCGGUAUACCUUCAUCUACAGCUCAUAUGAAAAAUCCUGUCUCAAAAUCCAACAAAACAUCCCCAAUCAAGCCUGCAACAUUCAUUGCACCUUCUUUAUCAUAUCAUAUGCAUCAAGUAACAAACGUAACACCAACAUGCUUGAAGAUUAAACUGAACCAAGAUGAAGAAAAUGGUCCAGGUCAUCCUAAAGUCCUCGCUAAGGCAUUGUUGGCAAGAGCAAAUAAGAGAGGAAGAAAACUAAAACAAUCAUCAGUUGAAUUUGAUGAACCAAUGUAUACUUCAACACCAAUCAUCACUUCUGCUUCAAAGUCGAAAUCGAAAUCCUUUGUUCUUCCAACGAAAAGUUCGCGUUCAUCUCGCAUUAUUAAAGCAAACAGAAGAUAUGUUGACAGUGAUGAUGCAAAUACAAAUGUUGAAAUAAAAGAUACAUCGGCAGUAUAUUCAAAUUCUGUUCAUGAACUCCAACAUCAAGAUUCUCAUAACGAAAGUUCAAAAACAAAAGCAGAUGCAAGUCAUGAGUCACCAAGCAAAGGCAGACCUUUAUUAAAAGAAGCUACAUUUCGUGUUGCUGCUCUCGCUAAUAUCAACAACAAACCUCAACCUACUAGGAGUCUGGACAAAGGGAUCAGUACAAGGAUACGAGCGCGUAAAUUAAUAAAAAGGGCAAGAUUUAAACAUCCAACUUCUUCGUCAACACUUGUUGUCGGAAAUGAUUAUGACGAUGAAAACAGAUUAAAAAGAAAUUUAAUUCGAGAGGCGACCUUCAAACCACCAAAUUAUUCACAACGUCAUAGUUCGUCAUCGGAAUGUGAGAAAGAUCAGAUUUCGGAUCUUGGUUUGUCUAGAAAGGAAUGGCAUAAAAUUAUUCAAAAUGAUACAAGAUAUGAGUCAAAUGUUCCACUAUGGACCAAACAAGAAAUACACAAUGUCUUACAUGGCGCAAACACUUUUUUCAACUCAUGGACAACAAUCGCACGUCACUACAGAUUUGAUUCAUCGCACCGAGAUUGGCUUAGUAUGAAAAAUAAAUCAAAGGCAUUGACAACCAUCGGUCUGCUUUCAGGAAGUCUAAAGGUAAAAAGUUCCAUCUUACUUCAACUGAGACCCCAAUUAAGUGAUAACCCAAAUGUAACUGCGUUUACUGCAAGAGAAUUACGAAUGAGAGGAAUGAAAAGCAAUGUGGAAUGUGAUAUCGGAGAAGGUGGUCGGGUGACGGCUUAUCAGCUCGUUAAUGAUGAUGGCAACACGACUAUAUCUAUGACUGAAGCAGCUUUUUCAAGAAACAAAAAGGCAUCUUUGAGUACUCUUCGCAAACGUUUUGAGAAAUGGAAACAGUUAGUUCCAAAAGAACCUCCCGACCCACAGUCAGUAUACCUUGGUCUUACUCCAGAUGUUUUCAGGCUAAUGUGUCAUGUGAAACGGGGUUCUAAGUUUGUGGUUUGGUCAACUGAAGAGAUUCACAAUCUUCUUCAUGGAAUUCAUAUAUUUGGUCAUGGAGAAUGGACAAAAAUACAUAGCACUUAUAAAUUUCAUCCUAGUCAUGAUAAUCUACAACUUCGAUGCCGAUAUAAAUCUGUAGCAUGUAGAGACCUUGUCAUUGCGGGAAAAGUCAAGGAGGAUAUUCUUCCAUUUCUUCGACCUGUAUAUUCAGAACACGGAAAAAAGUUAUUCGGAAUAACCCUGCAAAAACAAAGAAAAAGUCCAAAUAAGCCCAGUGGGAAAAGCAAAAUCACUGAAAACAACAAAAACGAAAUCAAUAAAAGAAAACCAAGAUCUAGAAAGAGAAGUAAAUCAUCAGACACUGACUUGACUAGUCCGCCUAGAAAACAAGCCUAUCAUUUGUUUGGCACUGCUCCUGUGUGGGAUGACAGUAGUGCAGGUCUGCAAUCAUUGAGUGGAAAUUCAGAUGUUGAAGAAACACCUGCUCUUGAUCUAAUAUCGUCUCCUACCGAAGAGAUGGGUAAAAAAGGGGACAGGGGUAGAAAAUCUAGCAAUGAAUCAUCAACAAAAAAGAAGAAAGAGCCACAGGACAUGGCCUUGCAAAACAAGAAAUCAAACGGUCCUAGGAUUAAACAUGUUUGCAGAAGGGCUUCACUUGUGACUGGCCAUAAACCAGCAACAUAUAAUGAUGACAGUGUUAACCCACAACUGAGUGCAUUGCCGAGAAAAGAAAGAGAAAAGAUAGCAGCAGAACAAGAAAAAAUAAGAGAUACGCAGAAUAGGGAAUUGUUAUCUUCCGAUAGUGAUAACGAAUCUAAAGGUUCGCCAAUCAAAUUAUCUGCAAGAAAAAAAGAUAAAGGAGUUAGAUGUGUCACAACACAUCCUGAAAAAUUUGUAAAAAGGAAAAAACGACAAUAAAAACGAUGUAAUUCUUGUAAAAAUUGUAGAAGCCGAAAAUGCGGAACAUGCGAAAAUUGCAAGAAUUCGACAAAUGACAACUCCUGCUUGCGAAGACCUCCAUGUUUGUAUCCAUCAGACAACACUAACUUGACUAUGAAAGAAUUACGAAAAAAAUAUAACUUUCCAACAAGACUUCCAACCAAACCUUCACCUGACAUUGAAAAAAUUUCCAAAUAUGAAACAGAAGCACAAAAAUCUCAUCAGAAAUCUGUUACAAGUGGAAUCAUAUUGUCACCAGAUUCUAGACAUCGAUUGCAACAGGAGUUACACGAAAGGGACCAACAACAACUCGCUUCUAUUGUUAAAAUAGAUGAGUGGAAGGAGAGAUAUGAACUGGAAGACUUAUGGAACAUGGGAGGAGUUAGUAUUAUAACAUCAAGAACCCCUUCUACUAAAAUUGUUUGUUUCCUAUGUGGAUCUGUCGGAAAGACAAGACCUCUGCGAAGAAUUUCUUCAACUUCUGAUUCCAGUGCUUGUUCUGAUCUUGUGACGCCUAUACCUUUGUUUAUAUUCUGUGUUUCAUGUUGUGAACCAUUCCAUUCGUUUUGUCUUGAUGAUCAUGAACAACAAGGUGCUAUUAAUGAUGCAAAAAGAGGAAUUUGGAUUUGUAAAAGGUGUAAAUCUUGCAAUGUGUGCGGCAGACCAAAUGACUUACUUGAAUGCAAAAGAUGUAACAAAACAUAUCACAGUCAAUGUUUAGGACCAAGUUAUCCUACUAAGCCAUCUAAAAAUCGAGUUUGGGUUUGUAUGCGAUGCGUACGCUGCCGAAGUUGUGGGGCAUCAAGACCCGGUAGACGUCCUGGAUCAAAAUGGACUCACGAUUUUCAACUUUGUCAACGUUGCGGUGAUUUGUUCGAUAAAGGAAAUUUUUGUCCGAUAUGUAGAAGAUGUUAUCGUGAUGAAGAUUACGAAACAAGAAUGAUUCAAUGUGGAACUUGUAAACGAUGGGUUCAUUCUAGAUGUGAAAGUUUGACAAUUGAAAUGUAUACCCUCCUCUCACAUCUACCUGACGAUGUCCAGUAUACUUGUCCAGAUUGUGAUGGACGAAAAAAUAAAGUUGAGUUGGAAUUGAGCCUCAGUGAUAAUGUAUUGACUGAUGACAGUGGGAAUGAUAGUUUGGAAGGUGACAAGAUGCGAGGUCUCCUAUGCAGACUUCCUCCGCCAUCUUGGAAAAAGAGAAUUGAAGGAGAAAUUCAGUCUGGAAUUGAAAACGUUAUGAUGGCUCUGUUUCAUAGCAAGGAUGCUGCUUGCAUUCUUAAAAAGUCAGCGGUGCAUGAUACUGAAGAUGAGAGUCGUCCUGUCGAUUUAUUCACUGUGAGAUUUGCUGUACAUAAUCGUCGUUACAAUUCUGUUGCACAUUUUUCAUCCGAUGUUUGUUUUAUUCUCAACACUGUUCACAAUGAAGAUAUCAUGGAUACAGAACAGCAGAUGAAUGAUGCUUCGAGCAAAAAAUUGAAGCGGAAAAGAUAUAAUGUUGGAGCACGAGGUGCUUUCAUCCAAGAAAUGCAUAAUGUAUUUCCAUGGUUUGAUGUCGAAACAGGAAGAGUCCGUGAUUCAAGUGAUGUGCCAGAAGAUUUGCUUCCACAUGCAACAUUGCCUCCCCACAAUGAUCAUAACUAUGCACAAUGGCAAGAUAGAGACAUUGAUUUAGUACUAGGUGGUCCGGAUACUCCGAUGAAAAAUCCACUUGUUAACGAUUCGCCAACCAAAUCUGAAAACAUAGGAACUGUGAUCUGGGCGCAAUCUCCUCAAAAACAAUAUGAAGAUAUGCGUCAAUGCUUGUUUUGUGGAAAAUAUGGAGAUGAUCAUCCUACUAAUGCAGGUCGACUUCUUUACUGUGGACAAGAUGAAUGGGUUCAUGUCAAUUGCGCCUUAUGGUCGGCUGAAGUUUUCGAGAGACAUGAUGGAUCAUUACAGAAUGUGUAUUCAGCAGUUUCAAGAGGGAAAAUGAUGAAAUGUGAAUUUUGCAAGUUACCAGGGGCAACUGUUGGAUGCAAUACUCGUGAUUGUCCACAAAAUUUUCACUUUUCAUGUGCAAAACUCGCUCAAUGUACGUUUCAAGAAGAUAAGAAAGUAUUCUGUGCUCGACACGUACGAAAUGUUGAUGGAGAGAUUGUACCAGAGGAAAGAUUUGAGGUUGCAAGACGUGUUGUUGUUGACAAUGAUGAAAUGCGGCCGAAUAAAAGAUGGCAGCGUGGCAUGAUGUCACAGGACAUCACUAUAUUACUCGGUUCUGCAAUAAUUCAUCAACUUGGUCGUUUAUCACCUUCGUCAGAUAGUAAGGAUUAUCUGAUACCAGUGCAUUUCAGAAUGACUCGUAUGUUUUGGAGCACUGUACAUGCUGGACAUCGUGUGAGAUACACCAUAACUGUAACGGAACAAAAAUCACCUUAUGAUGGUCCAGCUGUCAUUGGUGGUUUUGGAUCUGCAAGUAGUGGAAAAGUUGAAAGCCAUGGCAAUCGAACAAUUUCACAUGCCCAAGAUGAUACUACUCAGUUUCCUGUGUCUAAGAAAUCACCAAAGAAACCACGAUAUCCUGCUGUUGAUUCAUGUAGAUCUAAUUUAAUUGAUAGAAUGCAAUCUACUCAUGCUCCACUGCAUCGUAGAAAAUCACAUGAACAUCCUGCCGUUGAACCGGAAGUUAUGAGAUCAAGACGUUUUUCUGGCUCUUCCUAUACUGUGAUCGGUUCUGUUAAUCGUACAUUGCCACAAGCUAUCACUCCACUACCUACAAUAUCAAGAUCAUCAACCACAUAUCAGAGAAUGUUGCCUGCUUUGCAAGAAUCUUCAUUUCAUGAAGAUAAUUCGAAAAAAGUUAGUUUUAAAGAAAAAGAUAGAAAAAUUCCAGAGAUUUCUGUGGAUGAAAAAAUAUUACAAAGACAGAACAACAAAAAUCUCGCUUUAGAAAUUGAAAAUGCUAUUGUUGUUUCUCAUCAAAACCCUUUUCUCAAUCUUAAUCCUGUGUCUGAAAUUGAGAAUAAAAAUGAUGCAACUAAGCUGAUGAACUUAACACUGCCUAGUGAAAAUGCAAAUACCUGUAUUUCCAAUGAAAAACUGCCUAUUUCAUCUAACCAAAAUACAGAGGCCAUGCCAUCUGCCAUAAACCAGGAAAAUGUGAUCAAAGAAGUAGAUAUGGAAGAUUUGUCUUUUGUAAAAUCUGAUUGCCAAGAGUAUAUAAAGUUAUCAACCCCUUAUGCAGAGAAUCCACUUUCGAAGGUAACACCACCAAAAACUGACAUGAACAUGGGGAAGUCUUUAUUGUUCAUACAACCUGUGGUUUCACCAGAGCCUUUUAUCGAAACGAAUGCUUAUUUCCAAACUGCUCAGCUAUCAGUUUCACGGGUCCCACUUUUAAGCACUCUUGCUUCCUCUGUUGCAAAUUCAAAUAUUGCCAAAAAGUUUCUUCUUGGUUCUUCAGGGUCUGUUAUGUGUUCGGGUCUAAAAAACAAGCAAGAUAGUGCUAUUGAAAAUGAUAUUCCCAAGUCCAACAUAUCUAUGGAUAAGCUUUCGUUUGAUUCAGUCACAGACUUGCAAAAAAGUGAUCACGAAAUUCCUAAUACUUCACGCGCCAUUAUCUCAGUUCCAUGCAAAGAGUCUCAAACUGUACUGUCAGUUUGUGAAACAUCUAUCGCUAAGGACAUUGCAAAGUCGUGUACAUUGGAUUCCUCAAAGCCCAUAUCUGAGAUAUCGGUUUCCACGAAUAGUACUUCAUCAGUUGCCUUAACUUCUAGCUGUGGGGACGCUUGUAAAACAAAGUCUGUGAUAUCAUUGAAAAAUCUGGCGACUACAGUGACUACCGAAUCAAAUGUUUCGACUGAAUUGAGAGUUUCUGUUGAACGUCUUAAUAGUACAACUGAUCAUGACAAACCAACUACUGUUAAUUUGUUAAAAGAAGCCAAAAAUGCCCUGGAAAACGAGUUUAUUGAUGUAUCGAUGUCUGAACAUGCAGAACAGUCCAUAACUUCAACAAAUUUAUGGUGGAAGAAAACAGUUCCUGACAAAAAAGUUGUGAAAAAAGUGAAAAAAUCGAACGCUUUCAAAGAUGAUUCGGAAUACAGUCCUGAACAGAGUGGAAAAAAUAAAAAUUUUAAACGAAAAUUUCAAAGGUCUUCUAGCGAUGAGGAAGACGUUGGUACAAGAGUUCAAACGAGGAGUCAAAAGAGUGUUAGUGACAGCAACAAAACCAAAGAACUCGACACUUCAAAGGAUUCUGUGGUCACAGAAGUAAGAAAUGGAAAUUCUGAGGAAGAAAUUGUUAGUUGCAAUUUAAAUUCUGUCGGAAAUGAUAUGAACGAAGAGGAUUCGCGGAGUGAAAUGGUUGAAGAGAAGAAAAGUGAUGAAAAAUCUGACAUGAAUCAUACAGAAAUAGAGGAUUUUAAUUCUACUGAAAAUCAUACUGAAAUCAAUGAAACUGAGGAAAAAUCAGCAACCAAAAGUGAGGAUUCUGUUAAUUCAGAUAUUCUGAAUUCUACAAAGUCUGAUGUUUCAAAUUCACAGUCCAAUUCUCCUAACACAUCGAUAAAUUCCGAAUCAUCUUUUUCCAGUGAAUCGUCCAAAGAAACUAGAACUAGAUUAAGAAGUUUACGAAAAUUUGCUAAAGAAACUGAUGGACAAAAAAGUGAACCCUCUAAAAUCCAAAAUUCUAUCAAAAAGCAGGUCAAGGUAAUCAAUGAUCAUUCUGAUGAUAAUCGUAGGAAGACCAGAAGUUUUUCCCACGAUUCUUCACUUUUUCUUGAAAGCACUGAAAUUGUUUGCAAUGGAAUAAAUCACGCUACAAUAACAGACACAGAAAAACAAUCAGUCAGUUCGAAAGAGGAAAGAUCUAGAAGCAAAUCUGCUGAUAAUAGCAAAAAGAAAAAACAAGUAGCGGAAAAGGGGAAAAGUAAUUCUGAAAAUAUGGAUAUUACACCAAGUCGUUAUCCAAGACGUAACCCAUUCACUUGUUUGAAAUCUUUUUCUGGUUUAUCUCCCAAUUAUGCAAUUCAAUCUUAUUCCCUUAAAAGUUCUGGGCGCAAAAAUCGCGCUGAUGCAAGGUCUAUAAAAAGUGCACAAAAUCAAUCGAAAAAAAACAAAAGCAAAGUCACUAAGAAUAAAAACAAAAUGAAUACAUCAAAUGAUAGUGUCGCUGAUGAACAUGUUAUUGAUGAUAUUGCAGAGCUCGUACCCAUCGUCAGAUCGAAGCGACGGAAAAAUGGGGGAGACAAGAAGAAGAAUAGUUCAGCUAAUUCUAGUUCAAACGAUUUGGAAAACAGCACAACUAGUAAUGAAAGUUUUUCAUCUGAAAAUUCGGCUGAAAAAAAUGAUGUUGCGUUGGAAUCUGAAUUUGUUGUUAGCAAAGAUGCAGAUAACAUUCCUAACAACGAUAAAAGCGUUUCCUCUGUUGAUGCAUCCGCAGAAUUAGAGAAAGACAGCUCAGAUAUCUUGUAUACUGAAAAAAAUCCUGGCAGUUCUAAUGAUAAUGUCACAAAAUCAUCCAUGGCAAUCGAAGAGGAAAGUUUACUCGCCAAAAGUUCAGUUUGUGACAAGAAAAGCAAUACAGUAAACAUUGAAAAAAGUGAUAUUGGCUGUCAAGAUACUUGCGAUAAGUUGUCGAAGAUAGAUGUAAUGCCUGUUGAAGAUGUGUCGUCUAAUUCUAAUCCAAAAAGUUGCGACCCAAUUGAAAACUGCUCUAUUAUUAAUCAUCCAUCCCCAAAAGAGGAUAAUUGUGUUGUUGAUGAGAAGAAAGUUCAAAGUUCUUUUAAUAAUGAGGAAGACAUUGGUACAAAAGUUCAAACCAGAAGUCAAAAGAGUGUUAGUGACAGCAAUACAACCAAAGACACUACUUUAAAGGAUUCUAUGGUCACAGAAGUAAGAAAUGGAAAUUCUGAGGACACAAUUGAAAACUGCUCUAUUAUUAAUAUUCCAUCCCCGAAAGAUGGUAAUUGUGUUGUUGAUGAGAACAUUGUGACGUCAUCACUCAAAUCUGAUGUAGAAAUUAGUUCCAACACAACGGAUUCCAGUUCUCAGUUCCCGAUCACAAGUAUUACAUCGAAAGAAGCAGAGAUUGCUUUAAAUGAAAACAGAGCGGAAAAAGCAAUUUCUAAUUCUGUUUUUGAUCCCGAAGAUUCCAGCUUUUUGAAUAAUGAGCUGUUGAUCGAAAAGAAUGCUUGUAUUGUGAAUAUGGAUGGACAAAAAGAUACCAACAACCUGGCAAGUACGAAUGAAUGCAUCUCGAAACAUAGUGACCUAGAUGAAGAGCAAACACAACAUACAGAAAAUGUUAUGGAUACGAGUAACGCUUCUGUUUCGAGCAUCGAUGAUUCAAUUGAAAUAAUACGUGGAAUUAUAGGAAACGAGACUAAUCAAACAGCAAAACAAGUAUUACCACAACCAGACAUUGUCCAGCAAGCUGAUAAAUCUGUGAAGCAACAAACACAACUGACAACUGGUAGUGGAAUCAGUUCACCUUUAAUGACUCAUAACCUGCAAAUGCAUGAAGGACCACUCGUACCAUCUAUCAACCACUUACCGUAUAGUAAUACAAAUGAUAAAGAAGAUUUAGAGUCACCCCUUUCUCCUAGAGAUGAACCCCGACUUUCAUUGCCCAUUGAAACUAAUGAUGCGGCAUCUUUUCUAGUGACGAGCGAAUGUCCUGUAUUAAAUGCAGAUGAAGUUCAGUCUUUGUUAGAAAUGCCACCAUCAGUGACGACAGCAACAUGUCCUUCUCUACCACAGACGGCUGCGGUGUUACAGCAAGCCAUACCAACACCCACGAUAAUUCAAUCGCAAGUUGCAAAUUCAAUGUACAUGCAACCUCAGCAAUAUAUUCAAGUCGAGAACAAACAGCAAUCAUCGUAUACGUACAUUCCAGAAAACGUAACCCUCGUUCCAUUUAAUUUUAACCCGGCGACUCCAUUAGUAGUAUACAAUCAGCCUUGUUCUCCGACGUUUAUACAGCAACCUGUCAAUAUCAGAACUUUGCCUGUUCAAUACGGACAAUCACUUAUCGUCUCUCCUCCGUCAGCUAAAGGACAAUAUUCCUUUGACAUGAGAUAUUGCAGUCCAGUAAUGCCGAUUGUCAUGCAACCUGCGGGACAACAAGCAACCUUUGUAUCAAGUCCGGUCAUGAAUUCCAAUAUAAGUGUGGGAAUGUUACCUAAAACGAAUGGACCUCAAUUUUCUGUUAAAAACAAUACUGCACGUACUCAUAUGAGACCUCCCGGUACAGGCAAAAUCAUUCCUUAUCAGCAGAGCUCUCAGCAUGCUUCUACUAAAAGUGUUUUUACUAAGGACAAAGUAAAAGCACCCACGAAGCCUAAGCCACCAUCACCACCAACAGUAACUCAACCAUGUCUGACAAAUGAUGUGAAGUUAGAUGCUGAGCAAAGAAAAGUUCUUGAAAGGAUGAUAGAAUUUUACAGCAAUAAAAACAAGUUGUCUGACCAGGAGAAACAGAUUGUUCGAGCAAUCAUUGCACAACAGAUUCAAAAUAAAAAGUUACCGAUGCCUACACUUGAUACACAACAAAACUCUCCAUCAAAACAGCAAAGCAAUCAUAAAUUUGACCAAAAAUCGCCACCGAAUAUAUUGCAAGAUUCCGGUAAACAUUCUGUUCCGCACGGAAUAAAACGGAAGCACAGUCCUACAGAAUUAUGUCACCCCAUUCAGAAAAGAAUUAAAAAAACGAAGCGAAAAGAAAAACAUGUGCCAAAGAGUGAUCAGUAUUCAAAAGAUCAUAUAGUGAAAAACAAACAGUAUGAUGGUACACCACAAGGAUUAUGUUCAUCUCCCCUACUUGAUGUCUAUAUGAAGGUGGUUGAUGCUGAACGAAUAUCUGAUGAUAAAGCAGUAAAGAAAUUGCGAGAUGUUGUUCAGACAUUAUCAAGGCGUCGCGUACAUUUACACGUACCUUGGUCAUCAAGAAAAGGCAAAGAAAAUCGUCUUCCACCUCCACCUCAGUCAUUAAAACGAUCUCAUCUUAUUUAUGAAAUAAAGAGUGAGGAUGGUUAUCAUGCACAAGGAACUGAUCUUCAAGAACUUGUUACAAGUCUCCUUGAUUCUGUACAAGAAUGCAGAGCGAAUGCCUACGUUCGAUCACCUUCAUUAUGUCUAACAUCAAUCAUAUCACCAAGCGCUUUUCUGGGUGUGUCGCAUGAUGCAGUACGAUUUCUUGUCGAACAGUUACCUGGUGCAAGACAUUGCCUCAAAUAUCGUGCCAAGUAUUAUAAACACAGAGAACCACCAGCAGAGGUUGUAACUCACAUCAAUCCUCAUGGUUGCGCAAGAGCUGAAAAAUUUCAAGGACGUUCCAAGCCCGAUAUGUUUAGUUUUCUUGCGUCGAAACACAGGUUACCACCAUCGUAUGAACCAUCUCGCACACAAAAUGUUGAUAUGCAACAAAACAGCACAAGGCGACCAACUAGCAUGGACCUACCGAUGGCAAUGAGGUUUCGUCAUUUACGAACAUCGGCCCGUGAAGCUGUUGGUGUUUAUCGAUCUGCUAUACAUGGCAGAGGAUUGUAUUGUAAAAGAGAUAUUGAGGCUGGUGAAAUGGUCAUGGAAUAUACCGGAGAGGUUAUUCGUUGCUUCCUGACUGAUCAUCGUGAGAAAAUGUACGAAACUAAAGGAAUUGGUUGUUAUAUGUUUCGGAUGGAUGACAUGUACGUUGUUGAUGCAACUAUGAUGGGAUCUGGAGCAAGAUUUAUUAAUCAUUCUUGUGAACCAAGUUGUUAUUCACGCAUUGUGCAUAUUGAUGGCAAGAAACACAUUAUCAUUUUUGCACUGCGUAAAAUUUUGAGAGGAGAAGAACUAACUUAUGACUACAAGUUCCCUAUUGAAGCUGAUGAUCAAAAAAUUAUGUGCAACUGUGGAGCUAAAACUUGUCGAAAGUAUAUGAAUUAGUAAACCGAAUUAUAAGAUAAUGCAAGAAAUAUGGAAAUAGAAGAAAUAAGGAAAAGAUUUUGAGCGUAUUAACCCUCUGACAGCAAUUGAAAUUACUUUAUAUUAUUUACCCUUGAGUUCCCUCUUUAGAAAAUCAUACAAGAUUUCAAGAAUUUGAUUUUUAUUAUCAUAAAUUCAGUAUUGGUGGUACAUAUGCUAACAAAAUGGGUAAAUUUAAAUGAGCUUUGGAAUCUACAAUUCCGUCAUCUGCCCUCCAACCAGAGCUGAACUUUUAGCGCAGUUGUAUAUGCUCAUAGAUGAAAUAGUGUCGGGCCAUGUUUGGAGUAUCUGAAAAAUGUUGUGUCCCGCAUGUCCUCUACUUGGCCCAAUUGUAUGAAUCUCCAUAUGAUUACAUAGACUUUUUGUCCCACGAUAUAUACUAGGGCAAAUUCAAAAUAUAUUAAACAUAUUCUACUUCACAACCAAAGGUUAAAGAGUUUUAAUUUAUUAAUAUUAUUGCCUAUUGCACCUUUCAAUUACUAUUCUUGAAACUUUUGGUUCCAACUGAUUAUAGUUCAUAAGAAAUGGCUUUGCAGUUCAUUCUGAUUGCUUUUUAUAGUGGAUAAUAUAAAAAUUUAUCUUAAAAAAUAUCCUUUUAAUUCGAUAGUUAAUUGAAGAUUUUGGCUCAUGUACUGAAAUUCAACGCGAAAUGAACCAACUAUUACUUAGAAAGAUAGGCUUUGGGACAUCUUAGCAUCCUCUGGACUGAUCGCUUUCAAAUAUUCUGUGAUAAAUAAAUGAAAUGGUCUCCUAGUGUGUAUUUCAGGAUAUCGGUUAUCCCUGGUUUAAGCCAAAAACAUGUUUUUAAAUGGUUAUUCUCAUUCGGAUUACGUUUCCAAAAUAAUUUUGAAAAGGGGCCUGAAAUAUGUAAAAUAAAAUAGAAGUUCUGACAAUUUGCUAACAUGCCUGUUGAAACAGUAAUUCCACUAACAGAUUUUUUGCAAUUUUAUGUAUUCAAAGUAUUAAGAACUCUGAAAAGUUUCACAUGAGUACAACUAAGAAUGUUUACACAAUGUCAUUUUUUUUUACAAUUUUGUUCUCAAAUGUGCCAUGCCAUUAUUGUGUUUGUGUGACUGCCAAUUAAUUUUUGUUAGUGAUCUAUUCUUAUUUCAUGCGUUAUUUUCAGAAGUUGAACCAGUCUGAUCACUGCCGUUUGCUUUCGAUUAUUGUGCUUUGAGAAUGACCUUUCAUUAGGGAAAUCUUCUGAUUCGGAGUCUUUAUAAAUCAUGCAAAAUGGAAAAUUACUCUAUAUUAGUGGUAUCUGAUUUGGUCGUUUGGCUUUUUCAAACUUAGUUAUCAUGUUGCACCGGUCAACAUCUUGAAAAGACAUGAUCGUUAAAAUAUCAAUAAAAAUCGUUAUUUAAUUCUUGCAAGAAUUGUGAUUUUCCUUCAUGUUUCUUAUUGUUUGCCCAUUUUCAUUCCAAUAUUUCGUUACUUAUUAUCAUAACUUUACACUUAUCACAGUGGGAUCUGGCUUCGGUGAAUCUUUGGUAGAUUGAACUUCUUAUAUAUAGUAUGUGGAAACUGAUUAUAAUUGAUGGAAGAUUUUUUCGUUAUGUUUUUCUAUGCUGCUUCUUGUUUAUGCUUGCUUGAUUUGCAUAUGGCGACAUUGAUUGUUAUGACUUGUGACGCCAUAAUCAUAUUGUUCUUUCAAAAUUGAUAUUUUCAUACUCGUUUCACAAAAAAAUAGUUCUUCAAACUAA